AUGGCUAAUAGAAACGGAGACUCUUCUUCUUCACAGCCUCCUCAGGCUCAGCCACAACAAAAUGCCAAUGAACAAGACCAGGAACGUCAUGGUGACACCUGUAGUUUUCCUCCAGCACAGUCUGGCAACUCAGACCCACGUUCCCGUGGUGGCAACACGGUAUUCAAGAGUGGACCCCUAUAUAUAUCCUCAAAAGGGCUUGGGUGGACAUCUUGGAAGAAAAGAUGGUUUAUUUUGACGCGUACUUCACUGGUUUUCUUUCGAAGUGACCCUAGCGCAGUACAACAGAGAGGAGGUGAGGUCAAUUUAACCCUUGGGGGAAUUGAUCUCAACAAUUCAGGCAGCGUGGUUGUCAAGGCAGAUAAAAAGCUGUUAACUGUUCUCUUCCCUGAUGGACGUGAUGGACGUGCCUUUACCCUCAAGGCUGACACCAUGGAGGAUCUACAUGAAUGGAAAGCUGCUCUAGAACACGCUUUGACACUAGCACCUAGUGCUUCUCAUGUAAUGGGUCAAAAUGGUAUCUUCAGGAAUGAUCAAACAGAUGCCCCUGCUGGUGUUGAUGAACAUAAUGAGGCAGCACCAGCAAGACCUACCGUCCUUGGAAGACCAGUUUUACUUGCUCUAGAAGAUGUUGAUGGAACUCCAUCUUUCUUGGAAAAGGCACUUAGAUUUGUUGAAGAUCAUGGAGUCAAUACAGAAGGAAUCUUGAGACAAGCUGCUGAUGUUGAUGAUGUUGAACAUCGCAUUCGUGAAUAUGAGCAAGGGAGAAAUGAGUUCACUCCAACAGAGGAUGCUCAUGUUAUUGCUGAUUGUCUUAAGUAUUUUCUUAGAGAGUUGCCUUCCUCUCCAGUGCCUGCGUCUUGCUGCAACGCUCUUCUGGAAGCUUGCCGUACUAUCCGUGGCAAUAGAGUUAAUGCUAUGAGGGAAGCAAUCUGUGAAUCAUUCCCUGAACCAAAUAGACGCCUAUUGCAAAGAAUCCUGAUGAUGAUGCAGCUAGUGGCCGCUAACAAAAAUGUGAACCGGAUGAACACAAAUGCUGUUGCAGCUUGUAUGGCACCUUUACUUCUAAGACCUCUUUUAGCUGGAGACUGUAACAUUGAAAAUGAUUUUGAUGUGGGUGGUGAUGGUUCUAUGCAACUUCUGCAAGCAGCUGCUGCAGCCAAUCAUGCUCAGGCUAUAGUGAUCACAUUGUUAGAAGAAUAUGACAGCAUUUUUGGUGAAGGUUCUUUGUCAGCUGGUUUGUACUCUGACUCAGAAGAGAGUGGUAGUGGAACUGAGGAAGGAACAGAUGAUGAAGAUUAUGAUGAUGAAGACUAUGAAGGCACACAAGGAUCUGAAGACUACACAGAUGAGGAGGAAGAGGAUCUUGAAAAUGAAUCUGAUAGAUCAUACAGUGAGAGUGAAGCCUCAGGCAACACUCCCCAUGAGUUUGAUCCUGAUGACCAUAAUAAAGCACAGUACACUAUUAAGAUAACUGAGAUUACAAGCUCUGAAUCUACCCCAAAAGGAAGUAGUACGGAGCCACAAGUUACUAAGAAGCUUUUAUCAAGCUCUAAACGGUCUUCACUACCAAGGCAUGAUGGUGCAAAAAAAGAUGAGAAUGUUUUGGUUAAAGGUUAUGAUAAUAAAGUGGUUAUGGAUGUGUUAGAGAUGUUGAAAAUUGAAGAUAAGAACUCAUCUACAUUAUCCAGUGCACCAGGAGGAAGUAAAAGGCUAUGGGGCCGUGCUCAUGGGAGGAAGAACCUUUCUAUGGAAUCUAUUGAUUUCACACUAGAGGUGGACGAGGAUGAUGCUGACAUUGAAAGACUUGAAUCAACCAAAUCAGAGCUACAAAACAGAAUUGCAGAUGAAGUUAAAAACAAUGCAGUUCUACAGGCUAGUUUGGAGAGACGGAAGAAGGCUUUGUAUGUGAGGCGCCAAGCUCUAGAGAACGAUGUGGAAAGACUACAAGAACAGUUGCAGAAAGAGAUAGACAGGAGAUCAGCUCUUGAAUCAGGACUGAACAUGUCUAAAGGGAAUCAACUUCUUCCAGAAACAACUGAUGAAAAGUUGAAGAAAGAUCUACAAGAAGUAGCUCAAGCGGAGGCUGAUAUUGUCAACUUGGAACAUAAGGUUGAUGAUUUUGAGAAUAGACUUGGUGAACAAGACUUUAAAGGCUCUGGUUCAUCACCGCAGGGUGCCAGCAAAGAAUCUAGGAGAAGUCCAGAGCACAAUGCAAAGAUGAAGGAGAAACAAAAGGAUACUGAAGCAGCCUCUCCUAACGUUUCCGAAAGGUCAAUGCUCAAGGAUGGGCAAGGAGGGUCUGGAAGAGAAAAUGAGAUAGAGAAGAUACAAGAUCCACGGAGCAAAAGCUCAAAGCUUGCAGGCACGUCUAAGAGGUCUGGCACAAAAGGAGAGGGAAACACAACAACAACUUCUGCACUAUCCAAAUUAUCAAUGCGGCUCAACUUCCUGAAAGAGAGAAGGAGUCAGAUAGCUAACGAGCUCUCAAACAUGGACAAAGGAAAAGGCUCAGGGCAACCAAGUCCAUCUUCCACGGAGCAAAACCAAGAAACUGAAAGAGGAACAGCGUCAAACCAGAACCAGGAGGAUUCAGACAGCAGCAAAGUCCAUAGCCCGCAUGUUCUUGACAGAGGAAGAUCCGACAACAGUGGGGACAGAAGCAGAGGAGGUUCUGGACCCAGCAAUACACCGAGGACCUUGUCCAGAUGAUCAUUUUAUUAGAGGAGCUGGCUAAUAACCCCCAACUUCACCACAUGUACAGACACCAUUUAACUCCAUUUACAUUCCUAUUCAUUAUUUUUUUUCUCCAUAAUCUCUUAUCUUGCUUCAAAGACCAAAUAAACUACACUUUUGUGUGUGUCCUUGACUGUACGUUCGAUCUGUUAUUUUGGUAGUGACUCUCAGACAUCAGUAUAG